UCUGCUCUGCUUUUUUCCUCUCCCUGCGUCUCAGCUAUCAGACGAGGGCUCCGCUCACAGCUCUGCAGAGGUUAUGCCGAGACUGAGCCGGCAUCGGAAGCUGAAUCUCUGGUUGCCAUCAACAAGUUAGGGUUGGACGAUCACAGACAUGAAAGAGAAACACUUGAUCUUCAAUUAACCGUCUGAGGUAACAUCAUUGCGGUGGAGAGGAAACAAAACGGUAAAAAAAAGAAGAAGAAGAAAAAGGGAGAGGGGGGGUCUGUGCGCUGGAGUCGCUCUGGAUGCAACUGAUCAACUUAAGAAAAUAUAUAAAUAUUUAUUUCAAGGAUUCCUGGAUUGAAAGAAGAAAAUUUAACCUCUUUUUUUAAGCUUGGAUUUUAAGAGACUCAAGCAAGAUAACGGGAAUAACUGUCAUCUUGGGACAUGGAAUUUUACAUUUUGUUUCAAUUGGGUGGGUUCACAACUGCUUCAUUUCCAAAGAGGCUGAUUCCUUUUGUGCGUACUCAAAAGGGCUUUUUCCCUUUGGAUUUUUCUUCCAUCUGGUUGCUCCAAGAGUCUGCGGAAAAGGACAGUUGAAUGCAGCCUCCGAUGUGCACAAAAGAAUGGGUUUCCAUUCAAGGUGGCCAUUGGUGGGACCUGCACCAGUGGCUCUGAGUGUGAUCAGCAUGCUCCUAGCGUGCCUGCUGUCUCCCGCAUCAUGCACAACCUGCCCUCAAAAAUGCCGCUGUGAGGACCUGCAGUUCUACUGCGACACCCAGGGGCUUACAGCACCGCCAGACGGUGUGGACAAGGGCGCCCUGGGGUUGUCACUACGCCACAACAGCAUCAUUGAACUCAGCCCUGAUCAAUUCUAUGGUUUCAGUCAGCUCACGUGGCUACAUCUAGACCACAACCAGAUCACAACAGUACAAGAAGACGCCUUUCAAGGGCUCUAUAAACUGAAGGACCUUAAUCUGAGCUCCAAUCGUAUCACCAAGUUGCCCAACACAACCUUCAUCCACCUCAUCAAUCUUCAGAUACUGGAUCUGUCCUUUAAUCAGAUGACAUCAUUGGAACCAGAGUUGUUCCAUGGACUUCGGAAGCUCCAGAUACUUCACCUUCGCUCCAAUUUACUUCGCACUACACCUGUUCGGGCAUUCUGGGACUGUCGCAGCCUGGAAUAUUUGGGCCUAAGCAGCAACCGUCUACGGAGUCUGGCCCGGAAUGGAUUUGCUGGGCUUAUUAAACUUAAAGAGCUCCACUUGGAGCACAAUCAGCUGACUAAGAUUAACUUGGCUCAUUUCCCUCGCCUUGUUGCCCUCCAGUUUCUGUAUCUGCAGUGGAAUAAGAUCAGCAACCUGACAUGUGGCAUGGAGUGGACCUGGACUACUUUAGAGAAACUGGACCUCACAGGAAAUGAAAUACGCUUCCUGACAUCUGACGUGUUUCAAACCCUGCCAAAUUUAAAAAUUUUGCUGCUGGAUAACAACAAACUAAGCAGUCUGGAUGCUCAAGUCAUGGAUAUGUGGCAGUCUUUGGGUACAGUUGGUCUGUCUAGCAACCUUUGGGAAUGUACCAAAAGGAUUUGCUCUCUGGCCACUUGGCUAAGCACUUUCAGGGGAAGGUGGGAACACUCUAUUCUCUGCCAUAGCCCUGAGUAUGCCCAAGGUGAGGAGAUACUUGAUGCCGUUUAUGGAUUCCAGCUUUGCCAGAAUUUUUCAGCACCAGUCAUUCAGACCAUUAGUACAACCACAGACGCUACUACAGCUGCAGAAAUCACAAGCUCCUUGUUUGGAAUUAUGCAGCCAACCCCCACACAGGACUAUGCAGAGGAUUUUGGGAGCUUUACCAUAAUCACCACUACCACAACCACAACACAAACACAAAGCACUGCUCAAGCAACUACUGCUUUGCUGGAAGAGGUAGCUGUAACAGAUGACUUCUCCGCUAUGGACAACACUGUCAUGACUCAUAGGGUUAUAAUAGGAACUAUGGCCCUUCUUUUUUCAUUCUUUUUCAUCAUUUUCGUUGUGUACAUCUCACGAAAGUGCUGCCCUCCAACCCUGCGGCGGAUAAGACACUGUUCAGCUAUUCAGAACCGCAGACAGAUGAGGACCCAGCAACGACAGCCAAUGGCAGACCUAGCCACACAGGUACCCUAUAAUGAAUAUGAGCCCAGCCACGAAGAAGGGGCGCUUGUGAUCAUCAAUGGCUAUGGGCAGUGCAAGUGUCAGCAACUGCCUUACAAAGAGUGUGAAGUAUAA